GGAGCUUUUUUGCUUCGAAGGCUUCUUGCAGCUCUCGGCGGGAAAGGCUUUUUCAGAAGAGAAAGACCUGGGCUGACCUGAAGGACAGAGGUCGCCGCCGCGCCGGUUCGUCGAAAUGGGGCGAACCUCUAAGUUCACAUUCCCCGUCCCCGGGAGGAAACAGAAACCGCCAUUUGGCCCGAUCGUAUCAGGGCCCAUGUCGAAAGCGCAAAAGGUUCUGGGGACCGCCGAGAUCAACAUCGACGCUCCGCGACAAUGGGAUUCCGCCUCCAACUCUGGCAUCAGCGUAUGCGUAUCCGAAAGCACGGCGACUUAUAACGCGAGCGAGAGAAGCCGAGGAGGAGUGAUGCGCCAUGAAGAGGAGGGCAGCUACGCAGGGAAUAAUCGCAAUAAUAGGAACAACGCGAACGCGCAAUGGGAGCAGGAGUCCGAAAUCGUGCCGGCUUUCUUGACGAACCGAUUCGCGCAACUGAGCACAGAAGGCGGCCAGCGAGAGUUUACUACCGAGACAUCGAGUCUCGCCCGACGUGGCUCAAACUCGACCAUCACUUCGUGGUAUGACAAGACAAAGAUGCCUCUGUCGAUAUCGCAGCAGACAUCCUCCUCCGCCAUGGCCAAGGGCCUACCGCAGAAAGCCAACGCCGUACUCGACAUCGAAGGCCAGUCAUCCACCAAUGUCCCGGCACCGUUGAACCUGAAAGCCAAGAAGAGGCCAAGCCGACUAGAUCUCGGGCCCUUGUUGUCUCGGGCCAGGCACAACAGCUUAAAGGGUAAAUCCGACCCUCAGCGAGCAAGCUCUGUACGCGGGAACGAAUACACCAACCGAUCACCCUCGCUCGCCUCGGUCACCUCGCCCAAAAGCACACCACCGCCGAUCCAGCAAAGAAUCGAGAGGAAACUUACUAGAAAGAGCACGUAUGACAGCCUCAACUCGACCGGAAGCCGCCCAAGAACAGGUUCCAGCAGCCGCAGGGGCGCCAACGAUAUCAGCACAUUGCCCAACCUAUAUGAGCAUUAUGAGCAAAUGUCAUUCGACCAAGUCCUGGGACACGACGGUCCUUUGGCUGCUGCAUCAACUCAUUCUCUGAACAGCGUUGCUCAUACGCCACUGAGAUCACCGUCGACCACGGACCAUCAAAGGAAGAACUUUUCGAGGCCUCCCCUGAGACACGAGGGAACGACGUCCACAUACCAGCCUCAAUUCGCGCCGUUGCCAGAAUCUUCUUCUACAUCAACCGGCCAUCAGCAGAUGCAGCCCGAUCGCGACUGCGCAUCAAGCGUCUCAAGCCGCUAUACCAAGACGUCAAAGGCCUCCAAACGGACAAGCCAGAGUCUAAAUGGUUCUGAUCUGAUGGAAAAGAGUGUGCUGUCGCUGUCGUCUGACUCGGAAGACGACUUCUUCCCCGACACCGUCUCGAAAUUCACCGGGGGUUCCCGCAGUAGUGAUGCAGGCAGCUUGGCUCCCUCGUCGCUGAGGUCGACUCAUUCGCGAGAUGCCCCGUCAUUGGGACAAGGCUCAAGAAAGUCUGUCAGGCAUGCCAGCUUUGCCCCUACCAACACAUAUCUCACCAUUCCUAGCAAAUCACCGCCGAGCAAACCAGUCAGUGUCAGCUCGCGGAUGAGCUCUCUACCUUCAACUACAUAUCGGCCUCCACCGGCUGCCUCGAGUCGGUCGUCACAAUACUCGACCAUGUCAACAUCAACAACUGACUCCCUGAACAACUCCUUGAAUAACUCUCUGAGCAACAACCGACAUAGCCGCUCGGGCUACGGCGUUCAGGAGGCGCGCGUGAUUGCCGUGCUCCCCCCGCAAGAAUCACAUGCAAUCCCAGAUCGCAUGAUGAGCAACCCGCCCCAGCGCAUGCUAUCCACAAAGUCUUCUUCUGUCCAUUCGGUCGACCAGCCAACCCCGCCCAUGAGCCCGACAUCAGUGGAGUCUUUUAUGAGUUCCGGCGGUGGCGCUGCCGCGGACAACAACAACAACAACAACAACAACAACAACAACACCGCAGACUCCCGCUUCAUGGCCGUCACCCGACAGGAAGAGAUGCUGCUCGCAGCUCUCCGAAUGAAGCGGGCGCGCAUGCGCGAAUCGAUCCUGGCCGAAUACGAAGACGAGUCGAGAAGUUCUUCCUCUUUCCACCAGCGCAACUCUUCGCAAGGUACCAUCACCGAGAUGGAAUGGCCCGAACCGCCGCAGACCCUCCGCCACCAGACAUCAGCAACCUCAAACAGCACCAUCAAGGCCGGAUCGCGCGCUUCUGAAAGUCGCCCGGCGUCAUUGGUCAGAGGCCGGAGUCAUAACCGCAGCAACUCUCGCCACCUGGACUUCCCCGCGCCCUCCUCGCAGCCGGUCUCCGGAGCAUCCUCGAGGACGGGUAGCCUGCGGAAGAUGAGGCCGGUUCAGGAGACCACGACACAACAAUCGAGCGAAUCCUCCAAGCAGGAGCGGAUUCUCCUCUACCUAGACAGGCCGGUAGGCAACGUCAACUCGAUGGACUUUGCGGAGCCGAGCCCGGACCUGAGCGACUUUAUGGACUUUGACAACGUCAGCGAGGAAGACGAGGAGUUUACGAGCGGCAUGUCCAUGUUUCGGAACCGCGACCACCACCGCUUCACCAUGGGCAGCAUGAGUAGCAAAAGCCGGGGACGGAUGCUGAUGACGGGCGAGAGGGUCCGGCACGAGUCCUCGCCGCUGAGACCGAGGGGCGGCGGCGAUGACGACGACUACAACGUCGGGAGCCGGAGCGGGAGCACGAAGAGGGCGCCUACUUCCGAGAUUGUUGAGAGCGAUAGCGACGUCGAGCCCAUGUUUGGGAUCCCGAGGCCGGAUUCGCCCGUGUCGCCCGAUGGUACCCUGGGUCUUCCUCAUCAAGGACUGUCGAAGAAGAAGGCUGUUCGGCUCAGUGCCGUCGGCAACGCGGGAGUCGAAGCCGGCUGGUGGGGUGAUGACGGUUGAACUGUUUGACAGAUUGGAGAAGUUUUUCCUCCUCGGAACAACAGAAAGUCUUGUUUGUCUCUCUCUCGCGUCGUGUGGGAACGAUUUCCGACAAAUCUUCUUCAUGAUACCCCUUGCACAUGAACAACGUCACUUUUCUUUUCUCUUUGUCGAUAACAAGAUCCACUUGCUGUACAA